AUAUAAUAGCAAACUUACAACAAUUAUUUAACAUUUUUAAAGCCAUGAAGAAGGGACAGAGCCCCGAGCCGCCGGGGAGAGCGGCAGAGCGGGAGGCAGGCGCAGGGCAGGCUCCCCUGGAGGGCCCUUGCGGCGCGGGGCACAGUCCCUAAGCCGCCUGGGUCGCCUGCGACGCCGGAGCGCAGCGCGGGCUCCCACUCGCCAUGAGCCACCUCUUCAGUCCCCGGCUGCCUGCUCUGGCCGCCUCUCCCAUGCUCUAUCUGUACGGCCCCGAGAGACCCGGGCUGCCUCUGGCCUUCGCCCCCGCGGCCGCUCUGGCGGCGUCGGGCCGGGUGGAGCCCCCCCAGAAGCCGCCCUACAGCUACAUCGCGCUCAUAGCCAUGGCGAUCCAGGAUGCGCCUGAGCAGAGGGUCACACUCAACGGCAUCUACCAGUUCAUCAUGGACCGCUUCCCUUUCUACCAGGAUAACCGACAGGGCUGGCAGAACAGCAUCCGCCACAACCUCUCGCUCAACGACUGCUUCGUCAAGGUGCCCCGCGAGAAAGGGCGGCCCGGCAAGGGCAGCUACUGGACGCUGGACCCUCGCUGCCUGGAUAUGUUCGAGAAUGGCAACUACCGGCGCCGGAAGAGGAAGCCCAAGCCGGGCCCCGGAGGCCCGGAGGCCAAGCGGGCCCGCGCCGAGCUGCAGGAGCGCGGCGCAGAAGCGCAGCCGGAGGUGGGGAGAGGGGGAGCGCGCCCCCGCUCCGCGACCCCCAUCCACGAGGGAGCGCCUGCGCGCCCCUCGCCCCUCCGGGAAGGCUCCUCUCCUCCGGCGUCCCUCCACUGGCCCAGGCCCGCGUCGCCCUCUGGGGACGCAGGCGACGCGCUCCAGGGCGCAGCGGCCGUGGCCGCCAGCCAGCCCGCGCGCACGGUGGAUGGCUCGCGGUCCCCUCCGCGCCCCGCCUCCCGCAGCUCUCCGAAGAGCUCGGACAAGUCCAAGAGCUUCAGCAUAGACAGCAUCCUGGCGGGACGGCAGGGGCAAAAUCCGGCUGGAGGGGGCGAGCUCCCGGGGGGCGCCAAGCAGGGGCCCGGCGGCUGUCUGGGCGCCUCGCUUCUGGCCACCUCCUCCGGCCUCCGGCCACCUUUCAACGCUUCCCUGAUGCUCGACCCGCACGUCCAGGGCGGCUUUUACCAGCUCGGGAUCCCCUUCCUCUCCUAUUUCCCUCUGCAGCUCCCCGACACGGUGCUUCAUUUCCAGUAAAGCAAACAGUGCCUGAUCUUUCCCUGCCCUGGUCUGAGCUUCUUGUGAGCAACCAGGACUCCCACCGCUGGAGGAAGAAGUCGCGUGUUUUUUAAAAAAUGAUUUCCUCUGCCGACUCCUGGGAAGUAGUAGCAACCUCUGCGCAGGGAUGGGCACACUCCCCUGCCUCCUGCAAGGCGGACCUUCCCAGAGCCCGGAGCAGCUUCGGAGAUUUAAAAGACAUUGCCCACGCUGGGACUUGGGCAUCUCAGACCUCCUACUGUGGGAGCAGGAAAAUGCCUUGACCUUAGGUCGGUCCCACUGGCUACCCAGACAGGCCCUGCGUGUCUGGGGAACGGGAGGGCGCAGACAACCCGAGGGCAGCUACAUGGCCGCAGUGUGGUCCUUCCUAUCUGAGAGCCACGGUCUGACCAUCACCAGCUCGGUUGUCACUGUGGCCUGGGCCUUGGCUUUGAGCUCGUCGGGGU